UCUUAAGAUGCGUGUGAUUGCUACUUAGUUCAAGCAUAUGAAGUACUAAAAAUACUUGAAUUGCGAAUUUAAGAGUAAUUGGCGAUUGCAAACCAAUACUAUCCGUCACCACAACGUAACCAUGGUCUUGUUACUUGUUACCGAUGCCAAAUGUGAGAGAGGCUUUAUCUAGUUUUAUCUAUGUAGGUGUUUAGUUAUAUGCAUUGUUGUUAAAUAUUUUGAAUUCCUCCGAAUGGGGUUGAUUAUUUUUCAAUAAAGAACAAAAUAUCAGCUGAGGAAUGUCUGCAAUAAAUACAAAUGCUCCUUCAUCAGCAGAUGCCUGUCUAAGUAUUGUACAUAGUUUGAUGUGCCACAGACAGGGUGGAGAAAGUGAAGGUUUUGCAAAAAGAGCUAUUGAAUCUUUGGUAAAGAAAUUGAAAGAAAAAAGAGAUGAGCUGGAUUCACUAAUCACAGCUAUUACAACGAGUGGAGCACAUCCUAGUAAAUGUGUUACUAUUCAAAGAACAUUAGAUGGUAGAUUACAAGUAGCAGGAAGGAAAGGAUUUCCUCAUGUAAUCUAUGCUCGAAUAUGGAGAUGGCCAGACUUGCAUAAAAAUGAAUUGAAACAUGUAAAGUACUGUCAAUUUGCAUUUGAUUUGAAAUGUGACUCAGUUUGUGUCAAUCCUUAUCAUUAUGAAAGGGUUGUUUCACCUGGUAUUGAUCUCUCAGGUUUAACCCUUCAAUCGGGAACUCCAAGAUUAGUUAAAGAUGAAUAUACUCCUACAGCCGUUACUGCUAACAGCAUGGAAAUUGAUGCUGACAUGGGAAUCAAAUAUUCUCCAACAAUACAACAUCACCCUCCACAACAAAAUUUCACAUUAAGUGGACUUCAAUCGCCUCCUUCAAAUCAGAAUCCAGUACAACCCCCACAGGAAGCUAUACCACAUGGCUUAGGCCAAAAUCCAGUGCAACCAACACAAGAAACUAUACCACAUGGAUUAGGUCAAAACCCAGUGAGACAACCACCACAAGAAACUAUACCGCAUGGCUUAGGAAUCAACUCUCCCAAUCAUAUUAGUUCUGAUGUAAGCAUAGCAGGUUUAUUGUCAUCUCAACCUGCUCCUGAAUUUUGGUGUUCCGUGGCUUACUUUGAAUUGGAUACUCAAGUAGGAGAAACUUUUAAAGUACCUUCAAAUUGCCCAAAUGUAACUAUAGAUGGAUAUGUAGAUCCUUCAGGGGGUAAUCGAUUUUGUCUUGGAGCUUUAAGUAAUGUCCAUAGAACUGAACAAAGUGAGCGAGCAAAACUACAUAUUGGUAAAGGAGUUCAGCUAGAUCUUAGAGGAGAAGGAGAUGUAUGGUUGAGGUGUUUAAGUGAUCAUUCAGUCUUUGUACAAAGUUACUAUUUGGAUAGGGAAGCUGGAAGACAGCCUGGAGAUGCUGUGCAUAAAAUAUACCCUGGAGCUUAUAUUAAGGUCUUUGAUUUACGACAAUGUCACCACCAAAUGACUACACAAGCAGCAACAGCUCAAGCCGCUGCUGCGGCGCAAGCUGCUGCUGUAGCUGGACACAUACCCGGACCACAUUCAGUAGGUGGAAUAGCACCGGCUAUAAGUUUAUCUGCUGCAACCGGAAUAGGUGUUGACGAUUUGCGUCGACUUUGUAUUUUGAGGUUAAGUUUUGUUAAAGGUUGGGGACCGGAUUACCCCCGUCAGUCCAUAAAAGAAACGCCGUGUUGGAUUGAGGUACACCUUCAUCGAGCUUUACAACUUCUCGAUGAAGUUUUACACACAAUGCCUAUUGAUGGACCGCGACAGUAGACGAUAGUUUUCACAAGAAUCGAUGCUUUUUCUAUUAAAAUUCAACAAAAUUUCCCAUAUUACGCAGCAUCAUAAAAAUUGUUCAUAUAUAAAAAAUGUAAUAAAUGGGAGAAUUUUGAUUGUUUAUAUCAAAAGUUCAAUGCAAACCUAAUUCAAAUUUAACAAUUUAAGUGGAACCAGUUAUCUUGAAACUUUAUAUUUUAAGAUUAAUGAGAAGCAGCUUGAAAUAUAUGCUUACAAACAAUUUCUCUUUUAUAGAUAUUUUUUGUUUAUCUUCAGUUCUAAGUAGUAAAAGGAAUCGAUUCCGACAUCACUGAAAAAUACAUCACCACACAUAAAUUUGUUAUUUGCCGUAAGUUAGCAAUUCAAGAAACUCCACAUCUAGUUUAUAUAUAUAUAUAUAUAUAUAUAUAUAUAUAUAUAUAUAUAUAUAUAUAUAUAUAUAUAUAUAUAUGGAUGUUGGUUAAAAAGAUUAUAGUUCUAUGGAAUAAUAUACAUACUAUCCCAAAUAAAAAUAAUGAAUUCCAAUGAAAUUCUUACAUAAUAUUGGAUAAAUACUUUAAAUAUAAAUUCGUGGUAUGCAGAAAAUUUAUUUGGAGCUGGAGCAAGUGACAUUAAUCUUUCAACUUAUUCUACUGUUUUCACACAUAAAUUUCUAUCAACACAUGUUGUUAACUAAUACUCAAAAAUGCAUAGGCUCGUAAAAGGAUUAAAAACCAAAACAUCUGCUAUCGAUUUCCUCUGUUAAGUUAACAGAUAGCAGUUACCUAUCUAUAGAUAUUUUUUAUCAUUAAAGCUUCUUCACACACGAUUUCCCAUUUUUAUGUCAUGCUUAAAUGGUUCACACAAAAUUGUUUGAUAGCUUAAUAAAUGUUUCACUGAAACGAGGAAUGUUUCUAAAAAAUUUUUUCAGGCAUUUCUGGUUCAAAAAAAUCACAUAAAAUAUUGAGUUUAAAAAACUAAAAGUUAUAUCUUCAUCAAUAUGGAACUAAAAAACGGAGACAUCUGUGUUUUAUUUCAUUGUUAAACAUUUUUUAAGUUUUAUUAGGAUAUGGCACUAUCAAGACUGGGUAUAUGGGUAACUGGAAGUAAGAAUUCUUUUGAUUAUUAAUGUUAGUUAGGAUUUUAGAGAGAUACAGUUACUCAUUUGGAUACAAGUUAUGUUAGUUCUAUAAAAAAGAUUUUAGAAUUUUUGCCACGAUAGUAUUUUACUUUCGUUCUUUCAUUAAAGGAGUAUUGGGAGGCCUAUGUUUGCAAUGGCUCGUAACAGCCUCUGCCAUAAAUAUGAACUGUUACUUCCGUUUUUUGGUGUUAUGGAUUACUCUUACAAAGAUUCGCCUUGUUUUAAAAUAACAAAAAAAAUUAAUUUCUAUAUUUAGAUAUAGAUUAAUUGGCAUAUAAAGUGAAAUGUGCAAAAAGUGAAAAUAUACUCUUUUCAUUUGUUGCACAGUGUACUAUUGCAUAUUAUUCAUUGUGUGAUAUGAAAAACCUACUUGAAUUUUUCAAUGCUAGUGACAAUUUUGACAUUUAUAAACAGGUGCAACUAUAAAAUAUUUGAUGCUAACAUCUUCAUCUUAUAAUCCAAUCAAAUCUAUUUGUGAACUCUUUUUGUACAUAUGUCUUCGUAUUGGACGUUUCUGAGAGUACUAUGCUAAUGGUAUAUGUAUUUUUAUUUAAUAAAAAAUAUUUAUAAUUAGUAGUUGAAACAAAGCUGUAAUCGUUUAUAUGUCAAAUUAAUUUGAAAAUUAUGUGAUAUAGUUAUUUUACUUUAAUUAUAUGAAUUGCUUUUAAGUUCCAUAUUUCAUAAUUUACACUGGCACGCAUCUAUUUUGGCUCUCUGAAAAUAAAUCGCUGUAUCACCUUCCAGUUUUUUGAAUUGCAUGUGUUAAGUUAAUCGCAACAAUUGACAGCUUAUCUAUUUUUACGAUAGAUAGAAGUUUACGUGAUAAUCUUUUAUUGAAUAUUCAUUUUUCUCGUGUGACCUGCUGAAUAUGAAUCAGUAAUUAGAUUUAACUCAUCAGCUUUAUCUUUCCUCAAACACGAAAAUCCGUCGAACAAAUCUUUUUAUUAUUGAUUUGUGUGAUGCUUAUCAAGUUUAAAACUCGAAUUUCCAUCUUUUUUUAAUGUAAUUUCAAUUACUGAAGAUGAAUUUGCAUUCCAAAUAUUAAAAAAUUCAAAAUGAACGAAUCAGUAAAAUUCGCUGGUGGUGACAAAGAUUGAUUUUUUUCUGCGUUUGUAACAUACACUUGUAUUUUCUAACGAUCUGUGUAGUCGAUUUCUGAUUCUCUUCAAGCAGGUCACAAUACCUGAAAUGAAUGUAUUUCCAAUACAAGAUGUGGAAGUGUGAUAGAGCGAUUCUGAGGUCAGAUUUGUGUUUGGCGAGCCAGAAUAUAUAGAGACAAGCGUCGCUUACCUAGGUCAGACAUUUCGUUUUUUUUUGUGUACCGGUAUUAUUCUAAUAAUUGGCUAUAAAUGUUUUUGAGUAUUUGAAAUAAUGUUGUGGGUGAUUGAACUUGCUUAUUUAUAAUAAAAAGUUUCACUGUAGUGAUUGAAGUAUGUAAAUAGAUUUUUAGUUGAAGCAAUAAUAUGAUAAGAGAAAUAAAAUUGGCACAUUAGCAAUACUCUUUAAUGUACUGUUAGUACAACCAAUAUACUUUAUGCGUGAUUUUUAACCAAUCUUGCAACACAGGGUAAAAAAAGUAGAAAAAUCAGAAAAAAAUCAGCACCAACAAAAUUGAAAUAUACUCGUAUAAUGACUCUCACCCCUUCAACAAUCGUUUUUAUUCCUCACAUCCUGGAAGUAAUUUCUAAUUAGUGAUUCACGGUUAUAGAUAACAUCACAACCAUCGUUAAACAUUAUACAUAUUUUUUUAAAACCAAAAAUACUGGUAUGCUGCAUUUUUGGAUAUAACUUUAAAAAUGUUUGACAUAAAUUACAGUAUUUCACGCCAAAACCUUAGGUGCAUUCAAUGUAAACGAGCUUCGACCAAUCUAGAUUAUACAACUGACGAUACUGAUAUUUUAUUAUUUCACCAGGCCAGGAAGCCAUAUGUCUGGCUAACAUAUUUAACGGAACUGUAUAAAAAAGAAUGUGUCACUUAUUCGGGGAUACAUAUUGGAUAGCUCGGAUAAGCAUCUGCUGUGGUGUUAUCGGUUUUCCUUGUCCAUUAACUUUGUCAUCACUGAAACAAAACAUAUAGCUGAAACAAAACAUAUAUCAUAUUUUAAACUAUCCAAAAAUCAGUGCCAGAACAGCGUACCACUAUCAUGACACCAAAGUAGAAUUGAACUUUUCUGUAGAGACGAGCAUUCUCAAGAUAUGGUUGGAAACCGAGCUGUAGAUGUGUAAUACUUGCAGAGUAUAUAGCUUUUUGUUCAUAAAGAGGGCCUUAGCUAGUUCGGUCAGUUGACUAUACUCAGAGAUAUACUCAUAUUAUCAUUCCGAGGAACAUUUGCUUAGAUAAUAAUAAAGUUUCUCAUAAAUAUCCAUGUAUUCAGUUGAGGCCUUAUUCUAUUCACACAAAUAAAUUAAACCAGAAGAAAUGGUAAAAUAUAUUCUACCAUUUAAUAGAUUCCUUGUUUAGUUUAAGAGCUGAUCACAUUAGUUUGGUGAAAAGUUGGCAUCAUGACUCACCAAAUAAUACUAAAUUUUUAGUAUAUAUCGUUCAAUUAACAGAUAUGGCCAAAUAACUUGAAAGCUAUGAUUUGUAAAUCAUAACUAGUGCAAAGGUAUAUAGAAACUACAUUGUCAUCUCCAAAAAACAAACUUAAUACAGUUACUAGACUCAACGUAGGACAAACUAUUUGAAGUCAAAACUUUCUAGACUAAUGCCUAAGUCACGGGCGUCCAAAUAUAGACUCUCAUAUUUUCAGAUGUUUAUAGUAGUGAAAAUUCGAGUCUACCACUGAACGUUAUGCAAAAUCAUGUGCAUGCUAUAAUCUCUGUUUUUAACAUAAACUUUCAAACCAAUUAGAUUGUGAAAAACUCAUAGAAUGGGUUUUAUCCGAUUGACAUUUUCCAAAUAUUUUUUAUUGUUUUUUCCUCGCUUUAAUCAUUAUAUUGUAUAGCUAGUUAUUUUUUUUGUGUGUGGACAUAAAUGAAUACACUUUAAAGCUUUAUUUGUAUUUGAAAUGUGGGGAAUUUUGUAUUUAGGAGUAUGAAAAUUACUAGAACCUGCAAUAUAGUUAAAUGAUUGAAUCACCUGUUUUUUAUCAAUUAAAACAUUAUUACAAAUUAUUUAAAGUACUUGAAAUAGUACAACAAUAUGCAACUAAUACAGAAAAUAUCGGGGCCAGCUCACGAUUUGAAAUACAAUAAUUCGUGUAGGUAGUCAGAAAGUAUAAUUUUUCACACAGUUGUCAAUAUUUCUGUGAAUAGUUCUCUCAUAUUAAUUUAUUUUAUUUGAGAAAAUGUAUAUGUUUUUAUAAUUGAAUACAAGUGGGAGUACCUCACGAACAUCUUCAGUUAAAAUUUACCUUAAAUCAAAUUCAUGUCAUAUAUAUAAAUGAAUAUUCGUGAUUUUUCCUAUUCAGAAGCAAUAAGUAGAUACGUCGAAAUGAUUGGUAUUGUACCCAUACCAAUGUUAAUUUUCCAUCAGUUUAUUGUUGCCUUUGGUUUAUAUUAUGUAUACUGUAAUUUGGAUUUUAAUAAGUAUAUAGUAAUAUUUUAUUCAAAUUACUGCACGUAAAUAUAUAUUACCACCUCCAAAAAUUUGAUAUUCAAUUAGGUCCAUUAAAAUAAUUAUUUGAACGCAGAUGUUAAUUAUAUAUUCCAUAAUCAGUCAAACUUUAAGUAUUUGCCAAUCAAAAUCAUGCAAAAUUUUAGUAUGUAUUUAGGUAUUUUUUAUUUGCCGUAUAUUCAUCAUUUAUUUUUGCAAUGAUAAAACGUGUCACUUAAUGCGUUCCUCGUAUCAGAUUCCUGCCGUAUAACACAGUGGAUUUUGAUUAAAAACUAUCCAACUUAAAUCAUUAGGAGAAACAAUUGAAUUGUACUAUUAUUAUAAUAUUUUACUAUUUUUAAUCAGAACAGUUAAUUUAAUUUUUUCAAAUAUCUAAUGCCUCAUAAAGCAAAAAGAAUUUCCAUUUUCAUCUUAUUUCAUUUUUUUGUACAGAAUUUGUUUGAAUGAUCGAGGUAUCAACAUAACUAAUUUGUUUGAUGUAAGUACUCUUCCAAGUCCAUACUGUUUAAAAUACUGCACAAGGUGUAUAAUAAAAGUUCUUUAAGAAUAUGACGAUGUUUAAAUAUCGAACUAAUAAAAUCGGAUAUUAUAGUUAACAAAAGUUGAAUAUUGCAACCGCUUGACCGUUUAUAACAACUUUAUAAUGACUGUAAAUAAAUAAUAUUUUGAUACUGUGUACAAAUCAUUAAGCUGCAUAGUACAGACGAUUAUUUUUCAACUGGCUUUAAUUGGUGUCAUCAAUCAUUGAACUAUCUAUCCAUUCUUACCAACAAUAAGAAAUAAAUUUAUUGACAUUGAGUGAGAAUUGUGCUACCACUCAGUACUUUUUUUCUGAAAUGUUUGAAUUUCCUCGUUAUAUGCAAUGCGAAGGACAAUAUUCUCACCAUGUCAUUUUGUGAAUUUUUUAUUUUAAGCUUUUUAAUAAGAGAUUAUCGCGAGACGCCCUAUACAUGUUAUAGUAUAUUGAAGCAAUUGGUAUAACUUAUUUAAGAUGAUGUAGGGUGGUUCAUAUUCGAUUUUGAGUUAAUAAUAACUUCAUACUUUCAUAAUUGCCUUUUCCGCAACACUGAAAAUAUUUGUUUAAUUUUUAAAUUUAUUUCAUCUGAAUAAUGAAAUCUAAUAUGAAUUCCUCAAAAGCAGUCUAAACUGCUAACAGCAAGAUUCAGGACAAAAAAAUCGAAUUGAGUAAAUGUAACUAAUAUAUUUUGGCAAUUUUGCUCACAAGUUUUAUUGUUCUCAGUUUAUUUUUAUAUAUAUUUUUUAGAUGAUGUAUAAUAUUUAUAUAUUCUGUAAUUUUCAAGUAUUUUUAAGCAAGAGGAAGUGUGAUAUUAAAAAAAUAUUAUUCUUA